AUGGCGAAUGUCCAAGCUGAAGUGUCGAAUAGGAAAAUUAAAGGUAUCUUAGAAAAGACAGUAAAUACGUCGAGGAAGGAUUGGUCGAAGAAGCUUGAUGAUUCACUUUGGGCUUAUCGCACUGCAUUUAAAACUCCGAUUGCUUAUGAGAAUGCAAGAAUCUAUAAAGAGAAUUCGAAGGCCUUUCAUGAUAAACGGAUACUGAGGAAGGAUUUUCAACCAGGAGAUAAAGUGCUGCUAUUGAAUUCCAGACUUAUGCUUUUUCUUGGUAAAUUGAAGUCGAGAUGGUCAGGAUCGUACACGGUAGUUGCGUCACUUCCUUAUGGCACUGUGCAAGUUCAUAGUGAGAAGACAGGACAUUUUAAGAUGAAUGGUCAUAGGUUGAAGCAUUAUUUGGAGGGUCAUGUGGAAAAAUGGAAGUCCGUGGUGAUUUUGGAACCACUUUUAUCUGAAUACAAACAAGAGUCCAGCUAA